AGGUAGUUUCUUUAAGAUUUUAGCUUUAAAGGCGUUGUAAAGGAAACUACUGUUCUCGCGAGACGUUGCGUUAUUCUGAUAUCAGCCGUUUUUUAACAAAGGAUCAGGAGGAAGAAAACUUUUUCAUCCUUCAAAAUAAAUCAACUACAUUUUUAUCACCAUGGAUUCACAAGUAAGCCCACAGCCUGUCAUGUGUGAGGCCUGUGGAGCAUUCUUUGAGACACGGCGAGGACUCUCCAGCCAUGCCCGCCUCCAUCUAAGGCAACUUGGUGUGACGUUGUCAGAAAACAGCGGUGCCCCCAUCGAACUCCUUUACCAGCUCAUCCAAGAGAGAGAUGGUUCGCUCCCAGAUUUCAAAUCUGCCUCCUCUGCAGCUGGGUCAACCUCUGCUACACAGAUGUCCAAGCAGGAGUCCAAAACACCUCCAGUGCAAGAGGACACAAAUAGCUCCUGCAAGACGGAGGUAAGAGCCACGACGACCCCGCAAAAGAUGGACCAUCAAGGAUCUCCAGCAAAACGUAAGGAGUCAACAGCAUCUCUCCUCCCCUCAUCUCCUUCUGCUGCAGAAGGCAGCAGCUCAUCUUUGUUACCUAACCAAAUCAAAACCAAGCCAAUAUGGGCGCCACUGGAAACAGAUGCCCCCAUCACGUUGGACACCAAUCACGAGGUCCAUGUUUGCCAGCUUUGUGGUUGCUGGUACGGGACACGUAAGGGUCUUUCUAGUCAUGCUCGGGCUCAUCUGCGCCAGAUCGGAAUCGGUGAUGGUGAGGUCAAGGGCAGCCCUAUUGAUUUUCUCUAUCGGAUCAUGGAGGAGGAGAACGUUAAGCCCAGCAGCGCCAAGAAACAGGAAGAACUCCAGUCAAACGGUUCACCUGGAUCCUCAUCCAAACGCCCCUCUGAUCUGUCCUCCGCACCUGCAUCUCCCCUCGGCAAACGGCCCAAAACAUCCGAGAGCUGUUCUUGUGUACUCUGUGGGGAGGCAUUUGAGAAUCGGAAAGGCUUGGCCAGCCAUGCCCGCUCUCACCUGCGGCACAUCGGGAUGAGUGAAAUAGUGGGGAAAAGCUCUGCCAUCGACGCCGUCGAGGACCUGGUUAGCAGUGGGAUGUUAGAAGCCGUACGCCUCCCCAAGACAAGCAGUACAGCCAGCUCAUCUGCAGCAGCAUCUCCAGCACCACCCUCUCCUGCAGCCCCGACUCUGUCUCCAGCUCCGUCCUGGAACUCGUUUUCUUCAGCAUCCUUCUCUCCAAGCCCCACAAAGACCCCUCAGGCUCCUAUUAACAGGGCGCCAAAGGCGAAGAAAGGUUUUCGGCUAGCAGUCGACCCCCUUCUUAGGAAACCCAAGCCUGAGCCUGUAGAGGCAGAUGUAUAUGUUCCCCCUAAGUCAAGCAACAUUGACAGCAACUCUCCUAUACAGAAGUCACCCGCUUCAAAGGCUUCUGACUCAGUCAUGAAAUCCCCGCCAACGGUCAUUUGUGAAUUCUGCGGCCAGCUGUUCGACACCCGCAAAGCCCUGUCAUGCCACGCACGUGCCCAUCUGCGGCAGCUCGGACUCACCUGGUCAAUCAAAACAUCACCAAUUGAUCUCCUCAAAGAGGUCAUGCAAAGUGAAGAGAAAGGCAAGAAAGAGUCUGCGUCAGGCAAAGCCACGUGGACCCCUGAAGGGUCCAAGAGAUCCGUGGACACCCUCCCAUCGAGGGAUCAAUCACCCACUUCCAACUCCUUCACUUCACCUCUUGAUUAUUCCAUGAAAGAGAAAUCUCCACCUGGCAAGAGUGGGUCCUCACAUACUGACACAUCAUGUGAGCUCUGUGGGUUUGACUUUGAAAACCGUAAGGCCCUGGCCAGUCACGCACGGGCCCACCUCCGACAGCUUGGCCUCUUCGAGUGGAAGGCGGAUGGAGCGACUUCUCCAAUCGAACUCCUCAGCCAGUUGAUCCGCAGAGACCGAUCCAAGGUGGAAGAAAUAACCAAGCGAUAUCGUAUGGGAGACCUAUACAUUAGGAAGUCCCACAAACCUGCUGCUUCGUCCUCUCUGUCUUCAGACACUGACUACGUACCAGGCAGCAGCCUGAAAUCUUCCACUCACCACCAAGAAUCCAAAGCGAGCAGUGCGGACUCAGGCAUCACUGCCGGCUCCUCCAGACACUCACAAGGCCACACACGCAGUAUGUCAGCCCACGGUAGCCCCAGCGUGCGCUCCCCAAGGGGGGUCUGUCCACCCAAACAUGGAGGGCCUGCAAGGAACACCAACUCCCAUCAACCCCCACGGUCAGGCAGCAUCCCUGCUCUGCUGCCAAAGCCUCCACUGACUCCACUGGUCAAACUGGUGGGAAAAAUCUACUCCCUCAAAUGCAGGUUCUGUGAAGAAGUGUUUCAUGGACCUCUGUCUGUCCAAGAGCAGUGGAUCGCACAUCUGCAGAAGCACAUCCUCUCACUGGGCUACAAAGGCAAAGAAUCUCCUCCUGCUGUUCCUGUGACGGCUCCAACACUCGUUCAUCCAGUCGCUGUCUAGUCGGCUAAGUCCUUGCUGUAAUUCACCCUAAGUGCAGCCGUGGCUACCAAAUGUCAAAGUCCCAGGGAGGAUUGUUGUUUUUUAUGAGAAAUUGACAGAAAUUUGGAUGUUCCCUACUUGUCCUUGAGGGGGCGAACACGAGCCAUAUGAGGAAAGCAGCGCAACAUAAACAGCUCAGGUAAAACCCACUUGAUACAAUAAAACACAUGGAAAUAAAUAUGCAAAUAUGCUUCAUCUAUCAUUAUGACAAAGACAGCUGUCCUCCUCCCACUCUUGCAUUCCUUCCAUUUGAACAAAUAUAUUUUGAGUCUGUGUUUGUCUUUCACUAAUGCCCUGCAAUGAGAGAUCAAUUUGAAUUUUUCUUCACGUCCCGGUCAGACUGUUGAGAUCGUCAUCUCAAUGUGAUGUACGUUCUCUUCUGUAUAUAACUAUGAAUUGAGCUUUGGUUUAUACAACAUUUAUUUUUAAAGUGUUAUGCUUUUUAAAUAUGUAAGGAGUUAUUUUUUAAACCAAAUAGAACCAUUUUACAGGUAUACCAAUGAAAUAGACCAUAUUUGUAAUCCAUCUGUCGCCAUGUUUGUCCAUAAAACUGUGAGAAGUGCUAGGCUAUGUCCUAAAAUAUUGUCCUCAGCAGGUUGACACCGAAGUUCCAUUCGUUCCAUUUACACCCUGUGUGAUGUGCUAAUAAUCUACUGUUUCAGGUUGUUUUACAUUUAGUUUUUUAAAAUAAAUCAUGUCUUAACUCA